UGGGAGGAGAGGAGAGAGGCUGGAUAGCUACUUCUGGCUGGGCUCGAGCCUGAACUUUAAAAGAGACAGAGACAGAGGGCUGACUGAGUGGCAGGAUGGGAGAGAAGGGUAAGAGCAGGGAAGGGGGGAGUGCUAGCCCUGCAGCUAUCAGUACCAGUAGGAGGAGAAGAGAGAGUUUAAAGGGGAGUGGGGAGGAAAAACAUGAGAGAAUCAGACACAGACUGGCUGCUUGGAUUUGAAAAGGAAGGAAGGAAGGAAGAGAGGAGAUUAUUGCAGCUCGCUGAGAAAGGAGUGUGGAUGUUUGCAGCGUGAGAAGGCAAGUCUGUGACUAGUGUUCCUCAAAGGACACUGGGAAGAAAGACCCGGACACACACAGAUAUCCUCUCUGUGCCAUACCCCAGUGACCAAUGAAUGAGCAUCCUUGUAAAGAGAGCUCAAAGCAGAUGUCAUGGCGUCCAACCUACCGAAGCUCCAAGUUUCGAAAUGUCUACGGAAAAGUAGGCAACCGGGAGCACUGCUUCGACGGUAUCCCCAUCACCAAGAACGUCCAUGACAACCACUUCUGUGCCGUCAACUCCAAGUUCCUGGCAGUUGUCACGGAGAGUUCCGGCGGCGGAUCUUUCAUCGUCAUACCUGUUCCCCAGUCUGGCCGCCUAGACUCUCAUUACCCAAAAGUGUGUGGCCACCAAGGCAAUGUGCUCGAUAUCAAGUGGAAUCCUUUCUUUGAAAACAUCAUAGCCUCCUGCUCGGAGGACACCUCGGUGCGAGUAUGGGAGAUCCCAGAGGGCGGUCUGAGGCGCAACAUGACGGAGGCGGUGCUGGAGCUGUACGGCCACAGCAGGCGGGUGGGUGUGAUCGAGUGGCACCCCACCAGCAGCGGCAUUCUCUUCAGCGCUGGCUAUGAUUACAAGAUCCUGAUCUGGAACCUGGAGAUCGGAGAGCCGGUGAAGAUGAUCGACUGCCACACUGACGUCAUCCUCAGCAUGUCCUUCAACACCGACGGCAGCCUACUGGCAACCAGCUGCAAAGACAAGAAGCUGCGAGUCAUCGAACCGCGCUCCGGGGCCGUCCUUCAGCAAGCCAGCUGUAAGAACCACCGCGUGAACCGGGUGGUGUUUCUGGGCAACAUGAAGCGACUUCUCACCACAGGGGUCUCACGCUGGAACACCCGGCAGAUCGCUCUCUGGGACCAGGAGGAUUUGUCCAUGCCAAUUGUGGAGGAGGACAUAGACGGCCUGUCAGGACUGUUGUUUCCUUUCUAUGAUGCUGACACCCACAUGUUGUACCUGGCAGGCAAGGGGGACGGCAACAUCCGGUACUUUGAGAUUACCACAGAGAAGCCGUACUUACAAUACCUAAUGGAGUUCCGGUCCCCGACGCCGCAGAAAGGACUCGGUGUGAUGCCGAAGCACGGGCUGGACGUGGGAGCGUGCGAGGUUUUCCGCUUCUACAAGCUCGUCACCCUGAAGGGUUUGAUCGAGCCCAUCUCCAUGAUUGUGCCGAGGAGGUCAGACACGUACCAGGAGGACAUCUACCCCAUGACCGCAGGAACAGAACCUGCGCUGACUGCAAGUGAAUGGCUGAGCGGCAUUAACAGAGAACCAGUCUUGAUGUCCCUGAAGGAGGGUUACCAGCGACCGAACCAGUUAGUGUUCAAGGCCCCAGUGAAGGAAAAGAAGAGUGUGGUAGUGAAUGGGAUCGACCUGCUGGAGAAUAUACCCCCCAGGACAGAGAACGAGCUCCUGCGGAUGUUCUUUCGGCAGCAGGAUGAACUGCGGCGGCUGAAGGAGGAGCUGACCACCAAGGAUGUGCGAAUACGCCAGCUGGAGCUGGAGCUCAACAACCUGAAGAACGUUAGCCCCAACAACGUCUGACCUCUCAACCUCCUGGACUGGCAAAGCUGCUUCCUUUGCCCCAAAUUCUGACCUCCAACAAGCUUCUGAGCCCUCCUCAGCCUCUUUUUUGAUAAAUUGUAUAUUCAUUCCUGCUGCCCUACAUAGCGCAUACACUAAUAUGAUAAGUGUUGGAUAAUGUCUUAACUGGAACAAUUACUGGAAAAUAGUAAUAUUAACAAAUGUGAUAAGUAAUGAAGACGAGGCACUGUUCAUGGAUUUCCACCUUAACAUGAACUCGAUGGAUGUUUGAGAUCCAAUCCAUUUGGUAUUGUCUGUAUUUUUACUACUUGUUCCUGAUCUAGCACACUCAAGUGUUGGGAUCAGUUGUCGCAUAUUUUCUGCCAGACCUCUAGAGUAUUUGUCUCACUGUGCCUAACCUGCCAUUCACGAUGCAAUACCUUGAUCACUACGCAAAAAAAAACAUCUCCCAACCUCUUAUGACCAAACCACAAUUCUCAUUUUUUGCUGAGGCAAAACUGGAGGAUAAAAAGAUUGUCACGCUGGCUCCUAUUUUGCUUCCACAAGGCCUUACUCCCUUCUGCAGACACCGUUUGCAGCGAGCUGCAGCAUCCUUUCAAAACGGCUGAUGUGAAGUAUUUUUGCACCUGACAGACAACACAAGCUUUUGCAGAUGUGGCUCAUGCUUUUCACAAGCUGCUUAUCCCAUCCCUUUUUUCACCCUAACCAAUGUUACUGGCUAUAAAUUGACUUCACAAUACUGACUUAUAGCUACCCUUAUGCAGUCUUUCUUUCUAAGGAGUGGAUGAUCACUCACUUUAGUACUUUACUCUUUAUUUAAAUAGUGGUUAAGCAGCAGGGGAGACAUGUAUUUAGAGGUGGUGGACUUGCCUAACUCCGGUAUAGUCUCAACAGAAGCUUUGCUGUUUUGGGUUUUAGGGCCAAGUUGGUGGUAAUGUAUAUGUGCUUCUAUUUAUUUGUCACAAAUUACCUUUUUAACUAAUAACAUGUAUAUUUGUUAAUCCCAUUUUUUGUAUGCUGUGGCUGCGCAAGUAAAGAUUGUGACGCUUGAUAGAUUUUGCUGAAUGUUUCCAGUUGGUGCAAGAUUUGUGUGAAACUGUACCUUUUAUGAUAUUAGUUCUGUGACUCCAACGACAUAAUCAGAUAAGGUAUAAAUAAUAUAAUCUUGCAUUUUCCUAACAGUGCUGAAAACUGUGAUAAUAACCAUCCUUUAACAUUUAAACUAAGCAUAUCACCAUUAGUGAGUGACAUGUGCUUAACUGUAGGCGUUUUUUGCUCUAGAAACUCCAGGUCAUCGCUGCUGCUCACUUGUUCAAUCAUCAGAUUUAGGUUGAAUUGUGGUAUAAAUGCCUACAUUUGACCGUUUCAUGUUUUUUCCCCUCAGUGUAAAAAGUAAAAUGGGCACUUGAUUAACAUUUGACAAAGAUGCUGCACAACAUGCCAUGUGUCUUUUAACCCAGGCCCAUUUCAUUCAACCUUUCAUAUUACUGAUGGACUGAGAUAAGGAAAAUGAUUCGAUCGGCUUCAUGCAGAAACGGAUCUGUGCCCAGAGUUGGUAAAAAGUUACGGUCUCAAGUCUUCCCUGAUCACAUCAUAGUUGGAACAUAAAGGGUCCAUAAAACAAGCCCUUUACAUGCAGACUGGAACCAGUGACAGGAUAAUGGUAAAUGUGUUUUUUGCAGGAAAAAUCUAACUCUACAGUGAAAGUAGACAGUGGGAUAAGGAUCUACCAGAAAUGGGUCAGCUACAGUGGAGAGACAGGUGAAGUUAGAUUGGAGUUGAGUUUUGUCAGGGCUUCUUGUUAACCUUGGUAAUUCUAUCCAUUUAGUUUGGCACUGAGCUUGACUAACAUUUUGGACAAUUAAACCCAGUUUAAAUGUGAUUGGCGUGGUCUUUGGUGAAGAGUUUUGUGCAAUAGAAUUAACAGUAUGACAUCUCAAUCUGAAAAAUAUCAUCUUUCCAUCAAUGACCUAAAACUGUUACAUACUUUGCAUUUGACAUGACAAUGUUGCACAAAGACCACAAACUCAAAAACGUAUAUAAAAAGGGAUUUAUUGAAGUGAAUGGGAGGGAAAAUUAAACAAUUUGGCUGAUGACAGUGGAUUUAACAUGGAGUGAAAAAUCACUGAGGUAGGCCAAUUUGACCAGUACGAAUAAUAGUGAAAACAAAGUCCAAGUAACUGACCGUUUUCCAGAGUUUACAUAUUUUGUAACAAUAACAUUUCUAUGCACAUAAUUUGCAGUUGUAACCUCCGUUUAUAUCAAGUAUUUCUCUACACUACCACCACAAAUUCAAACAUUGCCACCUGUGUGUCACAGAAAAGAACAUGGGAAAAGUGAUGAUGAGUUUUGAUGUUGAACAUUUGUCUUUAUGGAAAGAUUAUGCAUACAAAGUUAUGUUCAAAUUCAAGAAAUGUCACACUGCGUUUUUUUUAGAUAAAGCAGCAUACAUAUUUAAUAUCUUAUUACAAGUCAAAGUUUCACCUCAGAUGUCUGUUCAAUGUCUGCCGUCAUCAAAGAGAAUACAAAAAAAUAGAUUUGGUCAGUAUUUACAAGAACACGUAAUUUCCGAACUAUCAAAGCUGAGGGUUUAAGGAGGAGGAGCGGCUUUGACAAGGGCAGACAUUUCUUUGCUAGGAUUUAAAAAUAUGCCCUGUGAGGGUCACACUGUGCAUGUUCAGACAGAAGUUUCACACCAGGACAGCAGAGAGUAUUGGCAUUCUGGUGACACUACAAACGCAUAACUUACAUUUAAAAAAAAAAAAAAAAAA